AUGCAGGGAAAAGUAGAAGAGUUAAAGGAGAACAUGCAGGACAAUGUGCGGAGAAUUUUAGAAACGCAUCACAACCUGGAGAAUUUGGAGCAGAGGACAGACAACAUGAGCAGGCAGGCGGACCAGUUUCUGAAGCAGGUAUAGGAAUUUUGUCUAACAAGUGAAGACGCCGCCAUCGUGGUUGUCUAACCAGUGAAGACCGACGUGUACAAUGAACGUAUUGAUGGACGAACAAAAUGAAAUAAAUGUAGUUGCUUUUAUAGUUGUACAGGCACGAAAGAAUUUCAAUUUGUAAAAUUUUCGCCUUUUGCUUUUUGUUUCCGCCCGAGAAAUAACUCAUUGUUUUGCUAGCAUUUUUGGUUUUGGACGGAUCAUGCUCGUGAAGAAGCUCGACUGCGACAACUUUAGUGACGAGAACUUCUCGUAUAGAGGACCCCGCAGUUGGGCACAGCAUCAUGAUUUUCUUCAUAAGUAUACUGAUUUCAGGAUAAGUGUUCGCUGCAAAAGCAAGCGCUUGUCCUCAGACACAUUUUUCCGCAAAACCAACUACAUUUUGGAUUGGGGACUCCUAAGUGGAACAAGAGAACAAUUUUCGAGGAACAGAACAACAUAUGACCCAAUCGCUUUUUCUUUUUCGCAUUUUCGCACUCCGUCUGAUACUGAUUGGGUAUAGUGUUGAAGAAAAAAAGUUCUUACGCAGCGGCCUGGC